GAUAAAUUGAAUUUAAUUUUUAAGGAUCAUGAUUUUUCUUAUUUGAAACUAAAACCAGACCAUUCUUCAAGACCUUUAUGGAUCGCAAACAACGUUAUUAUUUUAGAAAGUUUUUCACCCUUAGCUGAGCAAGCUCAGGACUUCUUAAUCACAAUCGCUGAACCAAUUAGUAGACCUUCUCAUAUUCAUGAGUAUAAAUUGACCACUCACUCAUUAUAUGCAGCUGUUUCUGUUGGCUUGGAACCAACUGAUAUUGUAUCUGUUUUAGAUCGUUUGUCUAAAACUCCAUUAACUGUCGCAACAAAAGAUUUCAUCAUCAAUUCCACUUUAUCAUUUGGUAAAAUUAGAUUGGUUCUUAAGAAUAAUAAAUAUUAUUUGGAAAGUUCUCAGCCUGACAUUAUUCAAAUGCUAUUAAAAGAUGCUGUUAUUAGCUCAUGUAGAAUUGAAUCUUCUGGAAUUAUCAAUAAAACUUCUGAUGGUAUCACGCAAACCAAAAAUUCUUCCAAUACUUCUAAUAACAAUGCCACUAAUAGCAAAACAAAUGGUGAUAGCAAUAAUGCAAAUACUGCCCUGAAUAAUACUAACAACCUCAAUGGUAAUGAAAUUGAUAACCUAUUCACUUCCAUUAUCGAUGAAAAAGAUGACGACGAUCUCGACGCUGUUCAUUCAAUUGAAAUCGUAAAAGAUUCAGUUGGAAAAGUUAAAGAACGUUGUAUUCAAGUUCAACAUCCUCUUUUAGAAGAAUAUGAUUUCAAGUUUGAUAACAACAACCCUGAUUUAGAUAUUGAUUUAAGACCAUCUACUAAAGUCAGACCUUACCAAGAAAAAUCCUUGAGUAAAAUGUUUGGAAAUGGUAGAGCAAGAUCUGGCAUUAUUGUUUUGCCCUGUGGUGCUGGUAAAACUUUAGUUGGAAUCACUGCUGCAUGUACAAUUAAAAAAUCAACAAUUGUUUUAUGUACUUCAUCUGUUUCUGUUAUGCAAUGGAGAAACGAAUUCUUGAAAUGGAGUACAAUCAAUCCCGAAUCAGUUGCUGUUUUUACUUCAGAUAAUAAAGAAAUGUUUGCAACUGAGUCUGGUUUAAUUGUUUCUACAUACUCAAUGAUUUCCAAAAAAAGCAGUAGAUCUCACGAUGCUCAAAAAGUUAUUGAUUUUCUAAAAAAUCGCGAAUGGGGUUUUUUAAUCUUAGAUGAAGUUCACGUUGUUCCAGCUGCAAUGUUUAGAAACGUUCUUAUUACGAUUUCUGCUCACGCUAAAUUAGGGCUAACUGCUACAUUGGUUCGAGAAGAUGAAAAAAUUGGUGAUUUAAAUUUUCUUAUUGGUCCAAAAUUAUACGAAGCAAAUUGGAUGGAAUUAGCUCAAAAGGGACAUAUAGCAAAAGUUCAAUGUGCUGAAGUUUGGUGUCCAAUGACAGCCGAAUUUUAUCAAGAAUAUUUGCAUACUUCAACAAGAAAGAGAAUGUUAUUAUAUAUCAUGAAUCCAACCAAAUUUCAAGCCUGUCAAUUUUUAAUUCAUUAUCACGAGCAACGGGGUGAUAAAAUUAUUGUAUUUUCUGAUAAUGUUUAUGCAUUAAUUGAGUAUGCAUUAAAAUUAGGCAAGCCAUAUAUUUGUGGAUCAACACCUCAACAAGAAAGAAUGACAAUUUUGAAAAAUUUCCAGCAUAAUGAAAAAGUUAAUACUAUUUUUUUAUCAAAGGUUGGGGAUACAUCAAUUGAUUUACCUGAAGCUACAUGUCUUAUCCAAGUCUCAUCGCACUAUGGUUCAAGACGUCAAGAAGCUCAAAGAUUGGGUAGAAUUUUAAGAGCCAAGAGAAGAAACGAUGAAGGGUUUAACGCAUUUUUUUAUUCGUUGGUGUCAAAGGAUACCCAAGAAAUGUAUUAUUCAACUAAAAGACAGGCAUUUUUAGUUGACCAAGGGUAUGCAUUUAAAGUGAUUACGCAUUUGAAGGGAAUUGAAAGUUUACCAAAUUUGGCGUAUAGAACAGCUCAAGAGAGAAGAGGAUUAUUACAAAGUGUGUUAACGAAGGAAGGAGAAGCAGGAAUUGAGGAAGGAGACGAUGCUGAUAAUUUUGUAGGAAGAGGAACCAAAUUGGCUACCGGAGGUAAAAAGCGAAAGUUCAAUGGGAAAUUUGGAAGCAAAUCCAAAGCGCAAAGAGUUGCUGGGUCAUUGGCUGGAUUUGCUGGUGGAGAAGAUAUGGCAUAUGUUGAGUAUCGAGGUAAUAAAAACAAAGAAUUACGUGAACGUAAUCCUCUCAUAAAUAAGUUAUAUUAUCAAAAAAAGAAA